AUGAAGUUUGAUGGCUGGGUAUCUCUCUCGUUGGACAACCGUAUCCGUGUGGAUAAUGCCCGCGAGCCUUGGACAAUUGCUAUUGUUGGAGAACUCUUGACCGAGGGUCGUAAGAAGGCAAUGAUGGAUGGCAAGGGUCAUAUACAAGAGAACCUGAAGCAAAAGGCCAAGGAGGCCAAUCUCGAGGCAGUACCGACAUCUCCAAGUGGUCUCAUCGAACAGCUUGCCCAAGUCGUCAACAGCGAAAUCCCUCGUAUCAGCUUCGACUACUUGACCAUGCACAACAUCGCCUGGUCCUUCCUCACCGAUCUCAAGCGUGCCUUCACCGCCGAAGUCGGCCCCAAGUUCCUCAACUACAUACCUUCGGAGGACCAGCUCCCCUUUGUAGUAGGCUAUGUCUUCUCGACGGCCGCAGGACAUGGAAGCACCGAUGUCCGAGAGCGCGGGGUGGGCAAUGAUAGGUUCCUCAACGUGGCCACCGAAGUCAUGGACGAGUUUCUACACGAAGGUAAAGGGAAGAUUAUCAAGGAGGCGAGGGAAGCGAAUGUUGAGCCGGAGGAUGUUGAGGAUGUCGAUGUUGAUGGGUCUGAGUUGUGGGGGCCGAGGAAGUUCAAUAUGGAGCAGUUCAGGAGGGAUGGGCACUUGGGAGCAAGGGCGAGUAAUGCUGAUGUUGCGGAGCUCAUGAGGCUACUUCAGAUGAUGGGUUGA